UAUUUUUCAGUCUCGAUUGUGAAAAUGCUUGUUCCAUCCGAUUUCGACACUAAUAUAGGUUAUACAGUUGUUGUUUCUUUAUAUGGAGGCCCGGGCUCACAAAAUGCGAUGGAAUAUUUCGGUCCAACCGAUUUUCACGAAUCGUUAGUUUCUUCAGAGAAACAUAUUGUUAUUUAUAUUGACGGUCGUGGUACGGGACUCAGAGGAUGGAAUUACAAAGAGCCAAUCUACGGGCAAUUAAGCACAGUGGAAAUCGAUGAUCAAAUUGAAAUAAUGAGCACUCUGGCAAAGAAGUAUGACUUCAUCGACUCGAGCCGUAUCGCAAUAUGGGGAUGGUCAUACGGUGGUUUCGCGACAGCGCAUGUCAUUGAGCACGACAAUGAACGAACGUUCAAGUGCGGUGUGAGUGUGUUUGCCAUCAUUUUUCGGGAGUGUUUCUUCACUGUUGAAUCUUAUGCUUCUAUGCCGUCGUAUCGAUGCCUCAAUUCAAAGCAAAUUGCACGUGGUCGAUAUUUGCCUCCAUGUGAAUGCAAAUGCUGCCACAGUAUUGAUGCAUCCUUUCCACAGUUCUCGAAUGUGAUAUCGACUUUGCUCUGA